GGAAUCAUCAAAGUUUGGCGUUCGUCGGUUUGGUUGGAAAGGUUUUACCAUUUUUUACCCCACCUCCGAUUAUGACAGCAGAUUAACAUAGCCAAAUGUUUGAAUAGAAUCACUUGUUCGGCGUGUACUGAAGAUUUUGACCGAAAACCGCUUAUGAGAUCGUAGUAUGAAUAGCAGUGUAGCCGGUCGCCCUUUACGCCAUGGCUCUCGUAUGCCUUCUGUCCACGGUUCAUCAUCAUCGUCAGCGAGAAAAAAGAAGAAUCACCGAAUCAACCACAAUAAGUACCUUUCCAAUUCAGGACAAGUCCAGAACGUUCAAAAUGCUCGAGUGUAUAUUUUCGGCGACGCAGACGUCGAAGCGGGCGAGAUCAACGGCACGGAGGUCGAAAUGUCACAAAUUCGGCCGAGAGGGGCGAAAAAGAAACGAUCUGCUACAAAUACUUUUCACGACGUGGAGCCAGAAGAACCAUUGUAUAUCGAACGUAAAAUCGAAGACGAAGACACGUUGCAAAGCUUCGCAUUGCAGUAUGGCGUGCCGGUGUCAGAGUUGAAAAGAAUAAACAAUCUCAUAAUUGAACAAGACUUUUUUAGGUUAAAAACAAUCAAGGUGCCAGUUAAAAAAUAUGGACUACUCACGGAACUUCAUGAGGAAAAAAGGCGGCGCCCAAACGCCGCUCAGCCUACAGAGGCUAAACAGACUAUUGAAGUUAACGACGAGGACGACGAAGACACUGUGUUUGAGGUUAGAACUGUCAGUAUACGAGACUCUUUACAAGGAAACUCUGAAGCCAGUGAAUUUCUAAAAAAUAUGGACAAGGAUUUGGAAAAAAUACGGAAAUCUACUCGGACUGAGAAAAGCUCAUUGACAGAGGUGACUUCCAUGUUGAAUGCAAGGUACAUACAACCGCUUACCCCACCCAAGCCUAAAUUUGACGGUGCUAACUGUGGUUUCUCUUGGUGGACUAUGGUCAUCAUUAUGUUUGCAAUAGGUAUCAUUACACCGGUCUUCUAUUUUCUCUUUAAAGACCAUAUUCAUAAUAUACAGCCGUGAUCGGUGUUUUUUUUAUUUCCAGCGUUCAUUAUACUACCGGUACUCUUUAUUCAAAGACUUCUGUGAAGAUCUUCGUAGCUACCAAGGUGGCCAGUUGAGAAGUGAUGUGAUACUUCCUGUGAUUUUAAUAUUUCUGUAUCAUUUAGGGUUGGUGGUUGGAAUCUAUGUGAAUUUUUUUUAAUUUAAAUUUAAUCUGAUAAAGACAAUGUUUGUUGGCUAUUUCUGUCUAUUCUCAGAAAUCAAUGCCUUGUCACUGUGAGACAUUUAUGAAGUCAAGUUCA